CACCUGGUAAAUCGAAAGUGUUGAAAACAGCCGAGAAGUUUCGAAUGUGAAAUCUGGGUUUAUGAAAAGUUUAGAAUAAAGUGGCAUUAUUGAUGCGAUACAGCGCAUGUUAUUUACUCAGAUCAAAUUAACAUGUGGAAAUAAGGUGACUAAACAUGACGGUGACCAUGAAACAAAGAAAUGAUAGUGAUUCGUCUUUUGUGGAAAGGAACAGUGAAGUUGAAGCAUUAACUCAUAAUGACACAUCCCAUGAAAAUGCUGAAAAAACUGUUAAAUUGGAUAGCUUUAUUUCAAAGACAAAAUUUGGAUUUCUUCAUCUCAGAAUGCUACUCACCACUGGUGGGGCGUACUUUGCUGUGUGUGCAGAGUUAGUUGUGUUUGUUUUCCUCAGUCAUCCGGUAAAGAAAGAAUGGGACCUCAAUAAAUUCAUAUUUCCACUGCUACCAUUGGGAAGUGGUAUUGGGGGCAUCCUAGGAGAGUGUACAUUUGGAAUAAUUAGUGACAAAUACGGAAGAAAGUGGCCAUUUGCUAUUGCAGUUUCUACUGUUGCUUUGUUUGGGAUAGCUUCAGCAUUUGCACCGUCUUUUCUAGUCCUGGUCAUUUUGCGUACCUGUGUGUCUGUUGGUAAUGGAGCAGUAUCAUCAAUUGUAUUUGUUUAUCUCUUAGAAUUCCUUCCUCAGAAAAAUCGUGGGAAGUGCAUGGUAGGAGUGACAUUUUGUGGUGCACUGGGAGCAGUGUUUGCUGGUGGAAUGGCCUGGUGGUUGCUGGAGAGUUACAGCUGGAGGCAUUUUAUGGCUGCCUGCACAGCACCAGCGUUUAUUGUGUGCAUUGCUGCAUUCUGCCUUACAGAAGAAUCUCCAAGGUUUCUUUUCAUUUCUGGUCAGGAAUAUAGAGGAAAAACAGUACUUCAGAAAAUGAUCCAUGAACCUUUGGCAUGGCAAGGUGAAAUAGAAUGCAUGCCAUCUGAGAAGCGAGGUAGAAUUUCCCAGCUGUUUACCCCAGAGAUGAGUCUAAAGACUAUCAACAUUGGUUUGAUCUGGUUUCUUCAGGCCACAGGUUACUGGGGGGUCACGGUGUACCUUCCAGAAUACAUGGGAUCAUUGGGAGUGGAUCCAUAUUUCAACAUGUUUACCGUGUUCAUAGGAGAACUUCCAGGACUCUGCCUAGCUAUGAUAGUGAUAGAACCAUAUAUGCUUGGCCGUAUUAGAUGUUUACAACUAUUCUCCUUUUCAACAUGUAUCUCAUUGCUAUUAUUUGCUUUUGUAGGCAUGGAUUUUUUGAAAGCAGUCUCUGUAAUUGUGUGUUAUUUUUUCAUGGUCCCAAUUUAUUCCAUUUUAAGUACAUUCACACCUGAAGUGUAUCCCACUCAUAUUCGCAGCACAGCUAUGGCCACAAUGUACAUGAUCAUUGAAAUUCCUGGAUUGAUUACCCCCUUUGUUGGGGAAUACCUGUUGUCUAGUGAUAUAACUUGGUUAUACCCUGUAGUGUGGGCUGGAGUAUUCUUUCUUCAGGCUCUGGCCAUUUGUGGACUAAGGUCAGAAACAGCGGGGAAGGCAUUAAAAGACUCCGACAAAGAGAACGACUCAGAUAAAGAGACGUUGACAGAUGAGAUGGCAGAAAGCACUAUCAAUUAACGAUGAUAGUUAGUAUUGCAUUAUUUAUUUGUAAAAGAUUAAGUUUGCACAUCUGUACUAGUACUGAAAGAUGCAUCAGUAACUAAGUCUUUUGCUUUAAUGACUUUUAUCAAGUAUCUUUUUAUGGUGCAGUUCAAUUUGCUUCAGAAUUGUUUGUUUCAAGCUGGAUAUUGCUGAUUUGGAAUGUUAUACUUGUAUCUUGAUUGCUGUUGCAGCAUGUCUGUAUAAAAUGUUAGGGAGAUUUUUAUACAUAAACAUGAUUUAUAGUAUUUUUUAUAUUUGGGCCAAAACAUCUCACCAUUAUAAUUUUAAUUUUUGGAUUUCUUGCAUCCAUGAAAAUGAUGGCAUUCCUUCUUUUGGGCCAUUAUUUUCAAUCCAUAUACAUUGAAUACUCUAAGAUUUUUUUUUUAUGUAUUAACAGAUGUAAGAGCUAGUUCUGCAUAAUACUAAUAUCCCAUCGAUCUCAGUGUUGCUACAGAUCUGUUGAUUUAUAUACCAUUUUAGAAAUCUGCUUAUUUUCUCAGUCACAGAUAUUUUAAUCUGUGCUCAUACAUUUACCAAUUACUUUGGUGCAUAAUUUUCUAAAUGAGUGUUUUCAUAUUUGGUCUUUUGAGAAUAAAAUUAUAUGUUGUCUUGAAA